ACUACCUCCUUACUCAAUUAUGGUUUCUUCAUAAUAAACAAAUAAGCUUAUCUCAUGCUUUUUUUGUCUAUGCAGAUUAUAAGUAUGUUUGAGCAUCUAUCUCCAUUGCUCAUCCUGUAUCUCAGCAAUGGAACAUAUCAAGCACAGUCAUGUACAAGUCAGAGGACUCAAACUACAUGUCGCGGAGAUUGGCGCUGGCACAAAAGUGGUUUUGUUUCUGCAUGGAUUCCCAGAAAUCUGGUAUACUUGGAGGCACCAGUUGAUUGCGGUUGCAACUGCUGGCUACCGAGCCAUAGCUUUUGAUUUCAGAGGUUAUGGACUCUCCGAUCAGCCAUCUGAGCCGGAGAAAGGCACCUUUAUGGAUCUUGUUGAUGAUGUAGUUGCUCUUCUUGACACUCUUGGCAUCACCAAGGUUUUUAUAGUUGCGAAGGAUCUUGGAGUUAUUCCUGGGAGCAUAAUAGCAGCUGUCUACACUGAGAGGCUGUCUGGUUUCAUAACACUGGGUUUGCCUUUCAUGCUUCCAGGCCCUAAUAUUGUCCCAUUUCAUCUUAUUCCUAAUGGUUUCUAUGCCAUAAGAUGGCAGGAGCCUGGGAGAGCUGAAGCUGAUUUUGGCAGGUUUGAUGUUAAGACAGUGGUACGAAACGUUUACAUUCUCUUCUCUGGAUCUGAGCUACCAAUAGCUGGAGACGAUCAAGAGAUCAUGGACUUGGUCGAUCCUUCUACUCCUCUACCGCCAUGGUUCUCCGAGGAAGAUCUUGCAGUUUAUGCAUCUUUGUAUGAAAACUCAGGAUUCCGCUUCCCCUUACGAGUUCCGUACAGGUCAAUGACAAUAGAUUCCGGAAUAAGCGAUCCAAAAGUGAAAUGUCCUGCAAUGCUGAUCAUGGGAGAGCAGGAUUAUGUCUUAAAGCUGCCAGGCAUGGAGGACUACAUUAGAAAUGGACAAUCUCAGCAAAUUGUGCCUCAUUUAGAGACUGUCUUCUUAGAAGAAGGAAACCAUUUUCUUCAUGAGAAACUUCCGGACCAAGUCAACGACCUUCUCAUCAGCUUCCUGAAUAAACAUAGCAAUCAAUAGAUUAAAUUUCUAAAUCAUCCAUUUGACAAAGACAAUUAAGUUUUCUUUCUGUUUGCAAAUUACGAUUCUCUUUUCUGCUA